AAAAAUCCUAAGGAACCUGUUCUUGCUCCUUUGUUCUUGAGUUUAGGGCAGCAGGUUUGGUAUUACCUCAACUCGGUCUCUGUGUUUGCAACCAUGGCUGGUUCCUUUGAAUACGAAUACGAUGUCUUCGUUAGUUUUUGUAAGGAAGAUACCCGCACAAGCUUUGCCGGACAUCUCUUUGCCGCUUUUGACCGUAAAAAGAUUCGUGCGUAUAGAGGGGAAGAGGCUGGACCCGAGUUAUUGAAGGAAAUUGAGACAUCAAAGAUUGCAGUUGUGGUGUUCUCCAAAAACUAUGCUACUUCGCAUUUGUGCCUGGAUGAGCUGGUGAAGAUCAUGGAAUGCAAAAGGCUGUUCAAUCAAAGGGUCAUCCCUGUUUUCUAUGAUGUGUCUCCAUCCGAGGUACGAACACAGAAGGGGAAUUUGUCGGAGGCGUUGCUGAAUGGCCCUGAUGACAAGGUUAACAGUUGGAAGGUUGCUUUAACGGACGCUGCAAACUUGGCUGGAUUGCAUUUGAAACCGCAUCGUCCAGAGCCAGAGUUUAUAGAGGAAAUUGUUGAAGUCAUUUGGAAAAGAGUAAAAGGGGAAUCAUCCACCGUUCAAUCCCGUCGUCAGAUUGAUAAUCCCAGUGCCGGUGACGGUGAAGACUCUUCAAUAAUCAUCUCGCAAAAUGAUGCUUUAUCUGUUCAAAAUGCUAUUGCUGAGUGGAGUCGUCUUUUUUUUUUUUGUGGGCCAGUUAGCCUUAUAUACGAUCACGCAAAUGCGAGGGAGUGUUCUGUAUCCUUUGGACCUCCACCUACUAAUGAAGGUGGAGAAAGAUUCUUUCGGCUCUUGCUUAGUGGUCUCCAAAUCUCUCCUUGUCACAUCCACCUCUAUGUUGUACUUAUAUUGAUUGUGAAACUCGUGGCAGAUGUCCUCCCAACUCCUUGCUCUAGCAUCAUCUAG